UGUUGUAAACAAAAAAUGUCAUUCAGUAAUAUUUAUAACUUGCUUUUCGUGUUACUGAUUUUUUAUUCCAUUUUUCAGUUAUGUGAUAAAAUUACAACAAACCUUUUCACAAUCAACAAUGCAACAAGCACCCUGGAUCGGUCAUUAAAACAAGUAGGAACGGCUUCAGACAGUCAGCAACUAAGAGAUAGAAUUAGAGAGAUCAACAGCAGUGCCGGGACAGCCGUACAGGACACAACUGGCUUGCUACGAACGCUUCAGCCUUUUACACAUGGUGACAAGCAGAGGCGCAUCCAGGCAGAAAGACUACACAAUGAGUUCCAAGCAACUGCAUCACGCUUUGCUGAAAUUCAGAAGAAAGUUGUCAAUUUGCUGAGGACUGCCCGACUACCAGCAGAUAUGGUAGCUGUGGAGCAAGACACCAGUGCCUCCAACACUGACCUUAUGAUAGCAUCAGAACAACAGAGGCAGGCAAAAAUGAAAGAAAUUCAGGAUCUGGAGUUUGAAACGGCAAUGCAUCUAGAAAGAGAACAGAGAGUCCGUCAGCUGGAGACUGACAUAAUAGAUAUAAAUGAAGUUAUGCGUGAUCUCUCGUCUAUGGUUACUGCACAAGGCGAGAUUGUGGAUUCCAUAGAAGAUAAUGUGGAAUGUGCUCAUGGACAUGUUGAAGAGGGCCGAGAGGAACUGUUAAAAGCUCAACAGUACCAGAGCAAGAGUCGACGUCGUAUAUGCUUCUGCAUCAUGCUCCUCCUUGUUGUGCUGACUAUUAUUGGCAUUAUUAUUGGCCUUCACUUCACCUCUCAAAAGUAGGGAGCUCAUUUAAAGUAGGUGUGUAAUGUGUGUGUGAGAAUUUUGUUUACAUUUCCUAAUAAAUAGUGGAAUCUUAGUUUUGUUGAAUAUAUUAGUAAUAUGCAUUCCAUUAUUUGACAAGUUCUCAGUUGACACACAUCUGUGAAGGCCACUAUUGCUGAUUGAAUGUCCAAAGAUAGUAUAUUUUAAAUAAUCUCUAGUCACAAUCCACGAAACUAGUGAUUGGUAUUCAUGCUGAAAAGGAUAACUUAUUUCAGUGAAUAAAAAUAAUCACUGAUGUAACAGUUGAAUGGAAUUGUUUGGCUUUAUUUUUGGUGGUCUGAAUGUAAUUUGAGUUUCAUUUAUCAUACAGUAUUUAAUUUGAAAUCAUAUGAAGGUACACAUUAUAUGGUGCUUUAUCUUCAACGAUGAUGAUUAAAGUCAUGAGUUUUGGGUAUACAGUAAUUAUGAGUAAUAUAUGUAUUUUAUACAAUGAUCCAUGUAUUAUGUGAUUGAAGUAUUCAUGUCAAUAUCAUUAGUACUGGUUACUUAAGAUCUUGUUUAAGAAACAGGUUGAGCUGUGUUUUGUUACAUCAUUAGAGCUUUCUAAUUCUUACAAAAAUCUGUUAACACUUAAUGAUGAACUUGGGCUCGUGGUCAUCAUUGAUAUUCUAUAUUUAUAUGAAAAGAUGUAUGUAGUUGUUUACAGAAAUUAGUGGUUAAAUAUUACCUUUGGGUCAGUAGGUUUCAUAAUUUUAAUAUUUUGCAUAUUUGAUUGUUAUCACUAUAUAGAUUUUAUGAAUUGCUGAUAAGUAUUAAAAGCAGUUUCACGUGAUGUAUAUUUUAAUACAAUGAUCACCCACUUUUUCACUGGUAUUGGACUGUAUCACGGUUAACUUAGUCAAUACAGGUAUACAGGUACACUUUAAUGUUAUUUCAAGUUAAGAGUGAAUAGUGUCUGGUUUGCUUAUAAAUAUGUUAUAAAAAUACUGUAUUAAGAUAUUGAAAUUUACCGAGGUAUAUUCACGUCACAGAGUGCAUAAUAGAAAUUUAAUAUAGGGGAAGUAUAUUAAUGUUAGAAAUACCAGUGGUAAAAGUUUUGUGUCAUUUUAGGUGAUGUUUCCAGUACUUGAUUAUUUAACACUUUUAGUGAUAUUUGAAGAUUAAGGUAAAAGGUUGUAAAGUAAUUUUGGAAAGACAUAGUUGGCACUUAAAAUUUGUAGAUAUGUUUUAAGGAGUAGAAAUAGGAAACUUGAUGAUGAAUUAGUCUUAAGUUAUGUUAAAUUUGUGUACAAAUUUUUUGAUGUACCUCUAGA